UCCGCACACGCAAGAUGGCGGCGGUGGAGCUGGAGUGGGUGCCCGAGACGCUCUAUAACACGGCGAUCUCGGCCGUGGUGGAUAGUUACGGGCGGGCGCGGCGCCGCGACAUCCGCUCCCUGCCCGAGAAUAUCCAGUUCGACGUGUACUACAAGCUUUACCAACAGGGCCGCUUAUGCCAGCUAGGUAGUGAAUUUUGUGAACUAGAAGUUUUUGCAAAGGUGCUACGAGCUUUAGAUAAAAGGCAUCUGCUUCAUCACUGUUUUCAGGCUUUGAUGGACCAUGGAGUAAAAGUUGCUUCUGUACUUGCCUAUUCUUUCAGUAGACGGUGCUCCUACAUAGCAGAAUCUGAUUCUGCUGUAAAAGAAAAAGCAAUCCAGAUUGGUUUUGUUUUAGGGGGGUUCCUAUCGGAUGCAGGAUGGUACAGUGAUGCUGAGAAAGUAUUUCUUUCCUGUCUUCAGUUAUGCACCCUUCAUGAUGAAAUACUUCAUUGGUUUCGUGCAGUAGAGUGUUGCGUAAGGUUGCUGCAUGUUCGAAAUGGUAACUGUAAAUAUCACUUGGGAGAAGAAACAUUCAAGCUAGCUCAGUCUUACAUGGACAAACUUGCAAAACAUGGUCAGCAAGCAAACAAAGCAGCACUCUAUGGGGAGCUGUGUGCACUGCUUUUUGCCAAGAGUCACUAUGACGAGGCUUAUAAAUGGUGUAUAGAAGCUAUGAAGGAGAUCACAGUUGGUCUGCCUGUAAAAGUAGUAGUAGAUGUUUUACGACAAGCUUCAAAGGCUUGUGUUGUAAAACGUGAAUUUAAAAAGGCUGAACAGCUGAUAAAACAUGCGGUAUAUCUUGCCCGGGAGCAUUUUGGAGCCAAGCACCCCAAAUAUUCUGAUACACUAUUAGACUAUGGAUUUUACUUGCUCAACGUAGACAAUAUAUGCCAAUCUGUUGCGAUCUACCAGACAGCUCUUGAUAUCCGGCAGUCAGUAUUUGGAGGUAAAAACAUACAUGUAGCCACAGCUCAUGAAGAUUUGGCUUAUUCUUCUUAUGUUCACCAAUACAGUUCUGGAAAAUUUGACAAUGCACUAUUCCAUGCUGAACGUGCUAUUGGUAUUAUAACUCACAUUCUCCCAGAAGACCAUCUUCUCUUGGCAUCUUCCAAGAGAGUUAAAGCACUUAUCCUGGAGGAGAUUGCAAUAGACUGUCAUAACAAGGAAACUGAGCAGAGAUUACUUCAAGAAGCUCAUGACUUGCAUCUGUCUUCACUCCAGUUAGCUAAAAAGGCUUUUGGGGAAUUUAAUGUACAAACAGCAAAACACUAUGGCAACCUUGGAAGACUGUAUCAGUCCAUGAGAAAAUUUAAGGAAGCUGAGGAAAUGCACAUCAAAGCAAUUCAGAUUAAGGAGCAGCUUCUGGGUCAAGAAGAUUAUGAAGUUGCCCUGUCAGUGGGACAUCUAGCUUCUCUAUAUAACUAUGAUAUGAAUCAAUAUGAAAAUGCUGAAAAGCUUUAUUUGAGAUCCAUAGCAAUUGGAAAGAAGCUUUUUGGUGAAGGGUACAGUGGACUUGAAUAUGAUUACAGAGGUCUCAUUAAACUGUACAAUUCCAUUGGCAAUUAUGAGAAAGUUUUUGAGUACCACAAUAUUUUGGCCAAUUGGAACCGGUUGCGGGAUCGGCAGUUCUCAGUUACAGAUGCUCUGGAGGAUGUAAGCACCAGCCCUCAGUCCACUGAAGAAGUGGUUCAAUCUUUUCUCAUGUCUCAGAACGUUGAUGGACAGAGUAGCUAAGGAACUUGGUCAAUUAACCGGUUAAAGGUUUUUGUUUGUUUGUUCUUUUUUUUCCCCUCUCCCCCCACUCCCACCCCCCCAGAUUACAGGGGAAAGUCAUACUGUGAAAUCUAAACCAUGUAGUUCUCUGGGGGCUGGAAUUUGCAUUGAAACACUGGUCCAGUCUACUGAAGAGUGCCCAUACGGAUGGAUGUGUGUUAAAUUUUUAUCAGCAUGUGUAUGGCAUGUUUAGUUCGACUCAGAUUUUGAACUCGGUAUUCCAGAAAACCCCUUCUUUCUCUCUUCCUUCAAAAGAAGCUACUUUGCAGAAAAUCUGCAAGAACACAUUAAAUAAAACUAUUUGAGUCCGAAAGAGUUGCAUUCUUAUUAUGAACUGGAGGUUUCAUCAAGAGCUUGCUUCUGACAAAUAGAAUAAAUGCUGUACUGUAAGAAAUUUAUACAAGAAAAGUCUUUCUCUAUAUGCAUUUUAGCAGAGUUUAAUCACAAACAUUAAGAAAAGGGAGAAUGCCCUAGUCUUGGCUGCUGCCUUAUGAAGAAAAGUGGCAAAGAACCACUUUGGAAAGCAACAUACUCUUUGUGAACCACAAUAGGUUGUUAAGCAAGUAAUCACUGUAUGUUGUUUCUGAUCUCCUGAACUGGACCAGUGUUCAUCUGUAAGUGAUAGAAGAUCCAGUAGACCAGCAAUCUUAGUUUUCUUUGGUACCAAGCAAGAGUGCUAAUCUUCAUAACAGGACCAGGAAAAUCAAAAGUGGACCAGCCUACUAGAAAAAGUUUUGGACCAGUGGCUUUAAUUUAAUAUUUCUGCCCCUGCAUUCACUUUUACGGUAGAAUUAUUUCAUUUAGAUGUAUGAUCAGUGCAAAAUUAUAUUCAUGUAAUAGAUACAAAACUAGGAAGUGAACGUUCUUUAGCAGUUGCGAUGGCAUGUCUUUAACUAGUAAGCUUGUACAGAUAUUAAUGUCAAUGCCACAAGUGAAAACUAGAAAUGCUUAAAUAUUUGCUGCAGCCAUCUUAUUUUCCUUUUUGAAUGGGCUUACUCUAAUAAUUGAGGCAGUAACUUGUUUAUACCAGCUAAUAGUUUUGUAUUAAAAUCCAGUUCAAUUUUAUGUUUCUGGAGAACACAACUUAUUGUACAGUUUGCAGGGGUCAGUGGAAAAUGCCAAAAAGCACAACAGGUCUUUUUUGUGAUGCUUCGUUUCUACAUUAAACAAUAGUACAACAAGAAACUGAUUCCUUUAUAUUAAUUUAAAGAGCAGAAGUCAGCUAUAAAGAUCCUUUAAUAAUGCCUAUCUUACUAGCUUGUCUUAGUUUUUCUUCUGUUUUGCGGGGGGGGGCUGCUUUGUUGUGUGGUUUUUUGGUUUGGGUUUUUUUAAUGUUGAGGUAAUACUCUAUUUGAAAGUCUGCGUAACAUAGCAAACUAGAAACAACUCACUACUGUUACCUCAGUUCUUAUUAUAGUGGCACAAACAGUGCUUCUAUAGUUAGGAUUCUGUCAGUUUUGGGUUUUCUCCCUUCCUCCCCUAUUUUCAGGGGUUUAUAACUUGGUUGUGAAAGUUCAGUCCAAGUUGAGGCUCAGCAAGGAAGGUUCCUACAGGACUUGGACUGGAUGUUUUGUUUGGGAUUUGUUUUUUAUUUGUUCAUAAAAUUUGGGGCAGGAAAACCUGCCUGAAGGUCUUCAGGAGAGUGCAGAGAAGAAACAGAAAUUUCAGACACUACCUUGAGUUUACUGACUCUCUAAAGAACUGAAGUGUUGUAGGCAAAUAGUUUGUAUACUAGUGCCUUCAAGUAUCUUUUUGGGGGGAGAGGCUGAAUAGUACCAACUUUUAAACUCUAGUUAUGUAAUUAGUGAAUGCAGCUUUAAUGAUUGCAUACUCAGAAUAUUUUAAAUGAAGCGAAAGGAAGUAGUUGCAUAAGAAAAACCCUGUGGUAUUAACACUUAGGCUGCAGUAUAUCCUAAAAGGCUGUUCAGUUAAAAUCACCUUAAAAUUAUGCAUGGAUUUAAAUUCUAAUUUCUUCAUAGCAACUUUGUUGCUUUUGUAAGUGCUUUAGAUAUUGCAAAUGUAUUUGGCUUACUACCAUGCAAAAUGUAUUUAGCCCUCAAUGUUCAUACAGCAGGGUGCUCAUGAGUUAUAAAAUUUCUGAAUUCUUAAUUCCUAUUACAAUUGUUUAAACUCAAAUUAAAUGGGUGAUACUAGUAUCAGAACUUGAGCUGGGGGAGCUUUAAGAUUGUCCUGGACAAGUCGUAUAACUUCUGUAUUGCGGAAGCGUUUAAAAGCCUCAAAUUGGGUACAUGGAUUUAUGUUGUCUGAAGAUACCAUUUGCUUGGGGUUUCCAGUCUUAGGUCUCUGCUACUAGUUUUUGGCAAAGGAACCUCAGAGCUCCCAAAGUUUCAUUUGGAGCAGGGCACGUUAGUUAAGUGAUACUAGUAAAAAUGCUCUACAUGAACCUUCCCCUCCCAACCUUUAACUCUCUAUGGUUUGUGUCUGUGUUUCAUUAGUUGCCUUCAAUUUAUGGCCAACAGGAGAGCUUCUGAUGCAAGGCAGGUUAGGGAGGUGUUAUGCUUCUGUUUGAUAACCAAGCACAUCAGUUAAAUUAAUUGGUUAGGUUCUUUUUUUUUUUUUUCCUGCCUUAUUAAACCUGCUGGCUGGAUGUACUUUUCUUUCUUGCUUAAAGCUGCUUCAUCAGCUUAUUAUGUACUUUGUAUUUAGGGCUUCUCUGGAAGGAAUUAAGGUCCUAAAAAUCACUGAACUCUCUUUGAUAAUGGGCUUUGGCCAAAAAACAUGACUUUGGCGAGUAUUUGCAGUGAUCCUUGUAGGACUACUUGCAUGCCUUUCACAUGACUAAACAAAGUUUUGACAUGACUGUUGGGUUGAACUUCUCAUUGUAGCACCUUUGCAACUCCAGUCAUGCCUCAGCAUGUUAAUUUUGGUGAAAGACAGCUGUGGUUAAUUGCUAAAGCUUUCAAAGCUUGGGAGGUUGCAGAACAACUUCAUAGCUGCCUACAAGAUGCCUUGUUGCCUGCUCUGCAUGGUGUAGUGUGCAACCUUGACUUAAUGCUAUCCCUGCUGCAGAUGCACUCUUGAUGUAAUAUUAUUAACUGUCAUUUUUCUUUGGUUUUCAAAUCUGUGUUUUAAAUUAAGUUCUCAGAAGAAAUUAGCCUUCUGUGUUGGCACGUGGGCCCUGUUUGAAAUGCUGUGCUUUCAGUCAUUACCCUACUCUGUUGUUGUCUCUGCUGGUACAGCUUGUUCGGUAUCUUUGAGAAAGUAGGAGUCUAGUGCAGAUGGGUAACUACGAACUAAAGUAAACGUACUUUCAGGGCCGUAUCGCCAGAGUAAGGUAUGUUCCUCCAUAAAGAUGUGGACAGCUCCCAGAUGAUUGCAGUAAAUUUGCAGGUGAUUUGUAAAAAUUACUUCAAUAAUAUUUCGUGACUUCUCUACCAGGCAGAGCUGAAAGAGCAGAGCGUGUGUUCUCCCGUGCCUUCCUCCUACUGGUAAAUCCACACCGUGUGGCUCUUCAGUGCAGAACUUAGAGCACAAACCUGGCACCUUCCUCCUCCCAGUGUUAGAACUGAGGAAUUUUCUUCCUAUCUUACCCCCAAAACAAGUCUUUCAUGCCUGUUUGAAUGCAAGCAUUGGGGAAGGGGCUAUAUGGGCAGCCUUGCGUGUUGGGAGAACUGAUGCCUCCUGUGACUCAAGCAGCCAACUAUGAAACACUAAAGUUGAUUAUUGGCAUUUUGUAUAUGCACAAUGCACCUACCAGUAUCUUAGGAGGUGCUAUGUGGUGCUGGCAUUAAAAGGGAGACCUGAGGGUGAGAAUCCAGUGAAAUGCAUCUUCAGAAUUUUAUCUCUUGAAGGUAAGUAAUUUGAUCACCCUACAGUAAGUCUUCACGACUGUUGAGGACAGGUAUCACUCUUGGAGAAUAUUUUAAUAAUUGUUUAAACCCUUAUUAUUUUAUUUUUAAUAUAAGGUGGUUUGGAUUAUUUUCAUGUCUGGUUUUAAUGCAAACACUUCCAUUUUAUAAAGAAAGGGGAGAAGGUGAUAGAAUUUUUCCACUAUUCUUAGGACUCAGGCUAGUCUGUGUUCUUUGGUUUUAUUUUGUUUUUUCCUUCCAACUAGAGUUUAUGGAAAGGGGGAAGUACAUGCAGUGUUUAAGAACUGACAAAAGAGAAAGGGAAAAGUUGCAGAAAAGUGUUUCAAAAUAAGUAUAUCCCUCAGUUACUUGAAGUACAACAACUAGUGACUAUUUGGCUCCAAGCAGUUGUUUUUAUGGCAUGAUAUUCGUUAUGACCAUCAAGUGUCUGCUUCUGUUUCGUAGUCUUUAUGUGCACUCUUUACUUUGUAUAGAUACCUGUUGUUUUAAGACUUUUCUUGGUUUUGCACACAGGGUUUUUGUUAAAUAAUUUUGAAGGGUUUUUUUUUGUUGUUGUUGUUGAAUUCUAACUUAUUAGGAAAAUGUUCUUAAUUUUAAAAAAUGAAGAUUUUCUUUAAAUGUGCUGCAGUCUAAAAUUUGCUAAAGGUGCCAUUGCGCUGCUUCUUGUGGUACAGAGAAUGCACAUUUAACUUAAUUUCCUUUUUAUAGUCAUACAGAUUGGUAGAGUACAAAAAAAGGAAAAUGCAUCGUGCCUAAAACAUGAAUGAAGCUAUUGACAAAAACUUUACUUAAUUGAUAAAGAUGAGAUUUGACUUCACAGGCUAGCAGCAGAUAGGAUGGAGGAGGCCUUGCUGUUACCAGUUUCUAGGCAAAAAAUCUGUUGCCUGUGCAAAAAGUGUAUCCAAAGCUUUCCCCCCUUUUCUCCUCCCUGUGUUUUUAUAAGAAGAAAAUUACUAGCCAAAUGUUGUUUGCAAAUCUGAGUAUUCAUUGUGAGUGUUUUCAUGUUUGACAAAUGGCCUGUUGCAUGUUUUAUUUCUUGGCCUUUUGAGGAUUGUGAGAAGCAGGGAAGAAAUUUCCUUCACUUAGAAAUAAACCACGUAUGGAAAAACUGACAGCACUGGUAAUGCUUUUGUCUGUAAAUCUCAGGAAUGUUUUAGGCAGUGAAACAGGUUUCCCUUCAGUGAUAUAAGGUGCGUGCUCUAGGGUCUUGUUUAACAAUAUUUCAUUGCAAUCCUAGGUAUCUAUAGCAUGAGUGGCCUUAGUGGGUUUGUUGAAGUGCACAUUUUUUUUUUCCAGAAAUAAAAUUUAAGAUGAAAAAGAUAUAUACUAUAAAAAUAUAUAGAGAUAUUUAGAAACUUGGUUUGUGGUGCACAAGUUCAGUGUUGGAUCACUAAAUAAUUGUCGCAGGUACAAUGUGUGUAACUUUUCUUUUAUGUAUAUUCCUUUAUGGGAAGCAAUGUUGCCAUGGUAACUACAACUUGACAAUUUCUUUACUACUUAAUGAUGUGAAUGAACUCCUACAUUUUAUUGAAUAUUACCAGGCUCAGUACUAUUUUUAUACUUUAUUGAACUACAGGGGAUUUUAAUUUAAUAGCAUUCUAAAAAAGAUGUUGCUUGAACUGUAUAAAUCAAACUACUUAUACAAAAACACCUCUAAACCAGAAUCUCUACCUGUAGUGCCACAGUCAUUUAUAUGAAAGUACCUUGAUCAUUACUAGACUUUGAAGACCACCCUACUUGUGUCAAGACUAACGUUUCAUAUCCUACUUCUCACAGACUGCAGUGCCCGACAUUAUUUGUAACCAUCAAACCAUACUAUGUUUGUAACCAGCAUUGUGAUAUUCUGUAACUGUAUUGCUAAAAUGAAAUAUUGACCUAAUAAAUAUAGUGUUCCUGCAUUUUGAA